CCUUUUAAUCGUUGGACAUUGAUUUCAGGUUUUCAUCAGAUAUUGGGCAACUUAACUCAAAAGGCGCAGGAGAUACGCGUGAAGCUUCUGCACUUCGUGAUGAACUUGAUAUGGUGCAAGAAGAAAAUGAGGUCAUAUUGGACAAGCUAAGACGUGCAGAGGAAAGACGUGAAGAAGCGGAGGCUAGAGCUAGGGAGCUUGAAAAACAGGUUGCCUCUCUUGGAGAAGGAGUAUCCCUGGAAGCCAAAUUACUGAGCAGGAAGGAAGCUGCUCUGCGACAAAGAGAGGCUGCUCUCAAGGCUGCACAACAAACAAGGGAUGGGAAAGAUGAUGAAAUUGCAGCCCUUCGCGUAGAAAUCCAGAACCUAAAAGAUGAUGCUGCAGCAGCUGUGGAGCAACAGCGAGAAGCAGAAUCUGAAGCAAAUGCUCUUCGUACAAUGACUCAGAGAAUGAUUUUGACCCAAGAAGAAAUGGAGGAAGUUGUCCUGAAGAGGUGUUGGCUUGCUCGCUUCUGGGGUCUUGCUGUAAAAUAUGGAAUAUGUGCUGAUAUUGCACAGUCCAAGCAUGAACAUUGGUCUUCUCUAGCUCUUCCUUUUGAAGUUGUGAUUUCUGCGGCAAAGGCUAAGGAGGAAUCUUGGAACAAAAGUGCUGACGAUCCGGAUAGGAGUAAAGUUGUUCGUGACUUGAGUGAUCUCACUGGGGAAGGAAACAUUGAGAGCAUGCUCUCAGUUGAAAUGGGUUUAAGAGAACUUGCUUCUCUAAAGGUUGAGGAUGCUGUUGUGCUUGCCUUGGCCCAACACAGACGUCCAAAUUUGGUUCGGCAUGCCAUUUUAGAUUCCAAAUCACAUGGUGACCCCAAAUUUGUGGAAGCAUUUGAACUAAGUGAAGAGGAGGCAGAAGAUGUUCUUUUCAAAGAGGCAUGGCUAACUUAUUUUUGGAGAAGAGCCUUAGUUCAUGGUGUAGAAGAGGAUAUUGCAGAAGAGCGGCUUCAGUUUUGGAUUACCCGCAGUGGGCAGUCAACGACUUCACAUGAUGCUGUUGAUGUUGAGCGAGGUUUGUUUGAGUUGAGAAAGCUAGGGAUAGAACAACAGCUUUGGGAAGCAUCUCGAAAAGAAAUUGAUCAGCUUUCAGGAUCCAUGGUUGCUAAUCAUAAGCCUACCACGGAGUCGGAAGCCUCGUGGUGAUUUUGGUAGCCUUUAUUUGUUGAUUGAUUAUUUGUUCCAUUUUGUAUAUGCGUUUUCCCGCCUACUUCCUGCACGCCGUGCCGUCACCUUUAUAUUUGGAUCGCAUACAAAAGAAAGCAAGGGCAGGUACAUUACAAGAGAGACGCUGUGAAUUGUAUUUUUGAAACUGAAAGAUAUGAUCAUUCUUUUUGUUCACU